AUGGGCGGCGAAACACAACUCCCCUCCAGAAUGGCCCCCUCCAAGGAGUACCCCAAGCUUGCCGCCGGCCCCGUCGGCAAGCAGAUCCAUAAGAUCUACCUCGAUCGCUUGCGUCAGUUCACCUCUGGCGGCCAGUACGAGUCCACGGGCCUUCUGCCGAAGAUCACCGAAGCCCGCGCUUCCGGCAACGACCAUGUCAAGCUGUUCGUCUACUCGCCUCCCGACCUCACCCGUCCCACCUUCAAGGAAGCCACGAGGCACGAAUUCCGGCCUACCCACGUCGGCGAGUCUUUUGGUCCCAGCUGGGCAACCCAUUGGUUCCGCAUUCACCUGACCGUGCCCGACGAGCUCCGCCACAAGAACCAUCUCGAAUUCCAUUGGGACGCCAACAACGAGGGCCUUAUCUGGACCGAGGACGGCGAUCCGGUGCAUGGUCUGACCGGUGGUGGCGAACGUACCGAGUGGAUAUUGCCCCACAGCUAUAGGGACGGCAAAGAACAUGUCUUCUAUAUCGAGAUGGCCUGCAACGGCAUGUUCGGCAAUGCCCCCGGCGGUGACUCCAUCCAGCCGCCCAAUCCGAACAAGUAUUUCCAGCUGCACAAGGCCGACAUUGCAGCCAUCAACCUGGACGCCCGGGCUCUGUACAUUGACUUCUGGAUCAUUGGAGACUGCGCGAGAGAGUUCCCUGGAGACUCCUGGGAGUCCCAUCAGGCGCUUCAGGUAUGCAACUCGAUCAUGGACACUUUCAUUGCCGGCCACGGCAGCAACGACUCCAUCAAAGAGGGUCGCAAGAUAGCGAAGAAGUAUCUGGGAGACAAGGUCGAUUCGGCCGCCGUGUAUGAUGGUCCUCAGGAGGCCAUUAUAAGUGGCAUUGGCCACUGCCACAUUGACACCUGCUGGCUCUGGCCAUGGGCCGAGACUAAGCGAAAGGUUGCCCGCUCAUGGUCCAACCAGUGCGACUUGAUGGACCGCUAUCCCGAACUGCGCUUCUGCUGCUCUCAGGCUCAGCAGUACAAAUGGCUUGAGCAGCUGUACCCUUCGGUCUAUGACCGCGUGAAACAGAAGGUCAAGGAGGGGAGGUUCCAGCCCAUCGGCGGUAGCUGGGUAGAGCACGACACGAACAUGCCUAGUGGAGAGUCGCUAGUGCGCCAGUUCGUGUACGGUCAGCGCUUCUUCGAGAGCCACUUUGGUCAGAGAUGCAAGACCUUCUGGCUACCCGAUACCUUUGGCUACAGCACCCAACUCCCCCAGCUAUGUAGACUGGCAGGUAUGAGCAGAUUCUUUACCCAGAAACUCAGCUGGAACAACAUCAACAACUUCCCCCAUACCACUUUCAACUGGGUGUCGCUGGAUGGUAGUCAAGUCAUCUGCCAUAUGACUCCGGCGGAGACUUACACAGCAGAGGCUCACUUCGGGGAUGUCAAGCGGAGUGUGACCCAGCACAAGUCUUUGGAUCAAGACGCAACUUCUCUCCUCGUCUUCGGUAAGGGUGACGGCGGUGGUGGCCCGACCUGGGAGCACGUCGAGAAGUUGAGGCGUUGCCGCGGCGUCAGCGAUAACGUUGGCCUUCUUCCCCGAGUCAAGCUGGGUGAUUCGGUGGAUGACUUCUUCGCAAAGCUCGAGAAGAAGGCCGAAGAGGGCACUGACUUCGUAACAUGGUAUGGUGAGCUGUACUUUGAGCUGCAUCGAGGGACCUACACGACCCAGGCGAACAACAAACGCAACAACCGCAAAUCGGAAAUCCUUCUACACGACAUUGAGUACUUUGCAACUCUUGCGAGCAUUAAGGACCUUGUUCAGGGUGGGCAGUCGACGUAUAAAUAUCCCAAGGAGGCCAUCGAUGAUAUGUGGGAGUCGACUCUGCUCUGCCAGUUCCACGAUUGUUUACCUGGCAGCUCCAUCGAAAUGUGUUACGAUGAUUCGGAUGAGCUUUAUGAGAAGGUCUUCCAAACCGGCGAGAAGCUCCUGUCAGAUGCCCUGUACGCGCUUGGAUUUGACGAAAAGCCCAGUUCCAGUAGCAAGAUGGUCGGUUUGAACACUCUGCCUUGGGACCGCAGCGAGAUUGUUAAGCUCUCCGAGAUCUCGCAUGGUCAAGCUGAAGGCGCCACUGGUAUCCUCCACAUCAAGCCUGUCUCGACGGAGUCGAUGGUCUCUAUCAAGGAGAUCAGAAAGGAUGUCUAUCAGCUUGCCAACAGCCAAUACAAGGUUGAGAUUGACCAGGGUGUCAUCACCUCCCUCUUCGAUCGCCAGGCUAAGCGCGAGAUCAUCCCAUCCGGCAAGAAGGCAAACCAACUGGUUAUUUUUGACGACAAGCCACUCUACUGGCAGGCUUGGGAUGUUGAGGUCUACCACCUUGAAUCUCGCCAGGAGCUCAAGCCGAGCCAAUGGUCAAUCUCCGAGGACGGACCUCACCGCGCGAGUGUGGUCAUUGAGACAAGGAUCAGCGACAGGAGUUGGGUCAAGACUACCGUCAGCCUCUCGGCUACCGUGGACGAUCAGCCCUCGUAUGUUGAAAUGGAGAGUGAAGUCGAGUGGCAUGAGUCGAUGAAAUUUUUGAAGGUGGAGUUCCCAGUGGAUAUUGUCAGCCAAGAAGCAUCAUAUGAGACCCAGUUCGGUAUCGUCCGCCGGCCGACGCACUACAACACGACUUGGGACAUGGCCAAGUUUGAAGUCUGUUGCCACAAGUGGGCCGAUUUGUCCGAAGCCGGCUACGGUGUCUCCAUCCUGAACGACUCCAAGUACGGCUUCGCCACUUGCGGCAACCUCAUGCGCCUGUCCCUCCUCCGCGCACCGAAGGCACCGGACGCACACGCGGACAUGGGAUCCCACCGCAUCCGCUACGCCAUCUUGCCCCACUCUGGCCCCGUCGGCGCAAAGACGGUCAAGACCGCGUUCAACUUCAACCAUCCGGUCAAGUUCCGAGCGCACUCCAACCCAUCUAAUGUCGAGGGCUUGCUAUCGACGUUCAAGAUCGUAGGCUCCGACGCCCUCAUCUUGGAUACGGUCAAGCGCGGCGAGGACGAUGACGACGUCUCGCGUGGCGAGCUGCCGAAGCGCACGGGUAGGAGCGUCAUCCUGCGCGUGUACGACUCACUUGGCGGUAGGGCGAGAGGUAGAAUCGAGUGGGGCAAGGUUCCUGUCAAGAAAGUGUUCAAGACGAACUUGCUCGAGGAUGACGGGGAGGAGUUGGAUGUAGACAAUGGUGGCGUGGAGGUCGAGUUGAGGGCGUUUGAGGUGGCGACGUUCAGGUUGCAGUUGUAA